CAGCUCCUCACAGGAGCAACGUUCAUGACAAGAAGAGGAAUCUAGCUUCUUCACUGGAAUCAUUUCCUUCAGAACAAACCAGAAACAGACUCAGAGCGAUAAUCUUCUGAGACUGAGAAUUGUGAGGAUUUCCCUGCUGACGUCUGACGUUACGAACCAUGUUGUUCUCCGGCUGGGUUCUCCAGAGAUGGUGUCUGGCUGUUUUCCUGCUCUGUUCUCCGGUCAGCAGUCGGCCCAUCGACGCCCUCAGCAGCAGGAUAAAGCGUUCAGUGACCCACGCUCAGCUGAUGCACGACAAAGGCCGGACGCUGCAGGACUUCAAGCGUCGCAUGUGGCUGCAGGAGCUCCUAGACGAAGUCCACACGGCCGAGAUCCGAGAGCUUCCGGUCAGAACCACGGCCGGAGGAGCAGCGGGAGGGAGCGGCGGCGUGGGGCUGCCGGGCCUCAGCACCACUGGCAGCACCCUACACUCCAAACCGCCCGGAGCCACCAAGAACCUCCCCAUCAGCUACCGGUUGGAGGAGGAGGAAGGAACCAACCUGCCGCAGGAAACCAACAAGCAGACGUACAAGGACGGAGUCCUGAAGGCGCCCGGAAAGAAGAAGAAGAAAGGCAGGUCUGGGAAGAGGCGGGAAGGAGAGAAGAGGAAGAGGAGGGCCAGGUCAUUGUCAUGGAGACCAGAGGACGAAGCCGGCAGCGGAAUCCACCUGGAGUGGAGGUCGUUGCUCGGCCUGCAGAGGGCGCUGCAGUGAAACACCGUCAGACUCUGACCAAGAACCUCCAUCGUCUCGGAGUGACUCCUAAAUGCUCCUGUUACAGCCGUCUGUAAUGGUGAUUAUUUGGACAGAAAUUGGAACAUAUUUAUUGUGUGUAAAUAUUCUAAAUAUAGCAGAAUAUGACCAGAACACCUUCAUCUUUGUGAAUCCUGCUUUUCCUUUUUAAAUGCUAUAAUGUCAGAUGUUCUGCGGUAAUUUAUUUUGUCUGAAUGGUGUAUUUAUUUUGUAAAUGUAUCGAGGUGCUGCUGACCUUCUAUAUUUUUGUACCAUAAUGCACUUUAGAUAUAUAAAUAUAAAUAUAUAUACCAUUAAUGUUGUUUGUGGUUGAUUGAAAUGAAGACUUCUCACUGUCUGGUUCCUCUGCUGCUGUUUCCUGUUUCCUGCUUCUCCACUUCCUGUUUGUACAUAAACAGCUCCAUGUUGUUGUUUUGGACUCGUGCACUGAGAUCAACUCUGUACUGACGGAUUAAACUUUUACAGUUUAACUCUG